UCUCGCGGCUGGACGCCUGUCAGCGCACAGAAGAUGGUGGCGCCUGCGGAGACUGUGUUGACUGUGUUGUCCACUGCGCCUGGAUAGCGCGCACAGCGUUCUCACGCACGUGUCGGCGCUGUUCGUCCAGAUAAUGGUCAGGUAACACGGCAGACAAUCUUUUCAUCUUUCUGCGGACGGCUUGGGCUGCAAAAACGCAAAAAGAUGGACGGUGCACCACCAGCCCCGAUCUACCACGCCGGUCUCGGAUUGAAGGGGAAUUAUUUGGAAGCGUUGCGAUAGUCUCCGCGUCUCGUCCAAUUCAAUUAAAGUGGCCGGAUCAAGGCAGCGCUCGGCUUUAACCUGUGGGACUGUAGUGUGUGGGGAGGUGUGGAGCGGAGGUGGAGACCUUUCAAUUAGCCCCACUCUCUCCGGGCUUUUGUCGCCUCCCGUUUACAGUGGGGACCCAGCUGUCGUGGGCAAACUUUACUCGAGUUAAAAGAAAACAGCGCCGAGUGAUACUUCUGGCAGUCUUCAAGAAGCUGCUCUAUUUUCCUGCAACUGUCCGGUAGAGACGGAAUAUGCAGCCGGGAACCGCCAUGGUCGGGAUAUUUAGACAAUCUGGAUGUUUACCGGGACGCACCGUGACGGUGAAUUGGCGUGACCGUGGACACUAAAGCGGUACUGAUGCAACACUACAAGAAUGGUUAGUGCAUAGCCGUGGAGGAGAGUGUCUGUGUACGGGUCAUUGACAGCCACGCUCUUGCAAUAAAUCCAAAGACUUUAUUGGUUGUUUUCUGCGCACCCCGUCUUGCGUUCGCCUCCUGCAAACCUCCGUGCACAAAAUCUCCUCUGCGUUUGGAGUCUCCGGAGAGGGAAGCCAGGAAAGGACGGGGCUCCGUCCACAAGAGCAAUAGCGAAUAGGCCCUGCAGCAAGGAGCAUGUGGGUAUAAAUAAAAGCCCUGGUGACUGUUAUUUUUACGCUCAUGCUCCCGUUAUCUGGUUUUGACCUACGCCUUAAAUUUAAAAGCCCUUUUCUCUUUUUUUAACCAGCAGCGGCAGAUUUCGAGGUAAACACGCUGGCUUUUUUUUGGAUUAAGUUUUUCUCAGUGCUGAAAAAACAUGGUUAGUCCAGGGGCUAUUUAUUUAUAUUCACAGUGGAAGUGGAAUUGAAGAAAACUGAAUGCAUGCAGGACCGGACCUUCACUAUUAACACACUGCAGCAGACUCUUCAGAAACAUUGAGUAAUACAUGUGAUCAAGAUCUACUUACUCAUAAUUCUGGUGACAGUUUCACAAGUUAAACUGAUAUUUACUUCCUUGUUUUUUUCUUUCCCAUGUCCCGGCCCUUUCCUUUUACCACAGUAUUUUGUAAUUCUGACAUUUCUCGCUGAAUAUUUUCCAAAGAAUGAAGCUAAGUGCAGGCAUCUGAAUUGACUUGGACUGGAACAGAGCAGACAGCGAGUGAACCUUGCAGUUUCAAGUGCGUCAAAACAGAUGGGAAUGUAGAGGAAUGCAGGGAUUGACGUCAAGAGGGGCAAUAAUGAACUACUCGAAAACUCUGGAUGGUUUGCCGGUGUUUCAACAGCCAAAACACUGCAACCAGAGGGAGAUUUUCCCUGAAAACGUUUUUCUCUGUGCUGUCUUCUUCACUCUGAAGAGUUAAGAAUCAAUGCACUAUCUGUUAUACUGUGGCCACAUACUUUGCCUUACUUUUCAUCUACGUUCUUUUAGGAAUAACUGUGCCUUCUGCUCUAGUUUUUGAUUUUGGAUUGAUUAAAAAGACAACAUGGCAUCCCCCCAACAUCAGCAACUGCUGCCCCACAACACAGAAGUGAGCUGUGACUCAAGUGGAGAUGGAGGCGUCUCAGUGAGAAUUGGCACUAGUGUCAAACACAGGCACGUAGGCGGGCCGCUGGGUUCAAUCGGAGGAGGCUUCAUUGGCGGAGCCAAGCACUGCAAGUACAGCAUUUCCUCUAGCUGUAGCUCUGGAGAGUCUGGAGUGAGGAGGCCAGCAGUCAAAAGUUUUCGUGCUCAGAAGAAGAUGCCUCAGCUUUUUGAGAGAUCUGCAGGUCAUUUCUGGGACCCAAAGUUUGACUCUUCUAUCCUGGAGGAGGCCUGCAGAGAACGGUGUUUCCCUCAGACCCAGCGGCGCUUCCGCUAUGUUCUCUUUUAUCUGGUAGCUGUUGGUUUCCUUUGGGGAUUGUACUUUGCUGCCAACCCUUCCCGCUGUGAUAGGGCCGCUUUUCUCCUUCCUACUGCUUCCUUCCUCCUUUUCUGCCUCCUACUCUUCCUCUUAACAUUUACCAAGCUAUACUCCCGCUGCUACAACCAGGCAUCUCUGCUGCUCAUUCUUGUAACCUUCAUGCUGACCCUAGCCCCUCAGAUCCAGACAUCAGGCUUUAGGGAUCCAGAGACUCCCACACCUACACUUGAUGUGGAAGAAUUCAGUGGUAUAGGGCCCACAUACAACCUAUCAUAUGACAAGCUUGUGGAUGAUAGCGCCUUGUCCCCUUGUCUUUCUCCUGUAGGCACCUUCUCGCUCUGUAUUGAGGUUCUUCUUUUGCUAUACAGCGUUCUCCAUGUUCGUCUCUAUGCCUCUGUCCUGCUCGGGUUUCUCUACUCUGUCUUUUUUGAGAGUUUGGGUUGGCUGCACCUAACCCACAUUGGCGAAAGCUGGAAGUUAACCUCUCCAUCAGACUGGAAUACACUAAGCUGGCUGGGCCCAGCAAAAGCCUUGCUCCAUCUCUGCGCUCACGCCAUUGGUAUCCACUUGUUCAUCAUGUCUGAAGUCCGGUCACGCAGUACCUUCCUUAAGGUCGGACAAGCCAUCAUGCACGGCAAAGAUCUGGAGGUGGAGAAAGCCUUGAAGGAGCGAAUGAUCCACUCUGUGAUGCCCAGAAUCGUGGCGGACGAGCUGAUGAAGCAGGGUGACGAGGAGCUAGGCGACCAUUCUGUGAAGCGUUACUCCACCAGUGGUGCGGCUGCUGCCAUCUCCAGCCCUAAAAACAACAAACGCAAGAAAACCUCCAUCCCCCGCGGCCAGAUCAUCUUCAGACCCUUCAACAUGAAACGGAUGGAGCCCGUCAGCAUCCUGUUUGCAGAUAUUGUUGGCUUCACCAAAAUGUCCGCCAACAAAUCUGCCCAUGCCCUUGUCGGACUUCUGAAUGACUUGUUUGGCCGCUUCGACAGGCUUUGUGAACUCACCGGUUGUGAAAAGAUAAGCACUCUAGGAGACUGUUACUACUGUGUGGCUGGUUGCCCUGAACCCAGACCAGACCAUGCCUAUUGCUGUGUAGAGAUGGGUCUGGGCAUGAUUCAGGCAAUCGAACAGUUCUGCCAGGAGAAGAGGGAGAUGGUUAACAUGAGGGUGGGCGUUCACACUGGCACAGUACUGUGUGGCAUCCUGGGCAUGAAGCGCUUCAAGUUCGAUGUCUGGUCAAAUGAUGUCAACCUGGCCAAUCUGAUGGAGCAGCUGGGUGUUGCAGGGAAGGUCCACCUAUCGCAGGCCACCGCCAACUUCUUAGAUGACCGCUACCAGCAUGAAGACGGACAAGUCAUUGAGAGAAUUGGACAGAGUGUGGUGUCUGACCAGCUGAAAGGUCUGAGGACCUACUUGAUCUCUGGUAGGAAAGUGGAACCUCACGCUCACUGCAACUGCUCCCAAAUUGGGUUGUCUGGGCCGGAGCAUGUCGAUCCACGGUGUCCCACUUCCAGAGUCCACACGCCCGAUGGAGCCCCUUCGGCCGACACCCUUCCUCCAGACAGAGCCAAGUCCCCCUGUCUUUCCUGCAGCGUGGCCCUGAUCGCAGGGGAGGAUCAGGUUCACGAGGAGGGAAUGGUGCACAAUGGCUGCCAUGACGACCACAAAACCAACAGCAGCAAGGACUCUACGAAUCUCAAGUGUUCCCCGGUGGUCUCUGCUGGGCGCAGUCCCAAGGCCCUGAACGGCCUCCUGAGCCCUCGGCUGGAGGCCUUGACCAACAGCCAGACGUCGCUGUGCGAGAUGCUGCAGGAGAAGGAGAAGAAGUCGUGGAGCGGAGGAGCCAUGGGCAUGGACCACUCGGCGCUCAUCCCGCUGCGGUCCAAGAACUUCAGGGAGAGGAGCGACGCUCACUUCGUGGACGUCAUCAAGGAGGACAGUCUCAUGAAGGACUAUUUCUACAAACCUCCCCUAAACAAGCUGAGCCUCACUUUCUUGGAGAAGAGCCUGGAAACUGCUUACCGGAUAAGCUACCAGGAGGAGGUGGAGACCCAAGCGGGGGUGCAGACGGUUGCCAGCCCGAUGUUCAGUUCUUUCCUGGACAUGCUGCUGUGCUGUUCGGUAUUCCUGUCUCUCUCGCUGGCUUGUUUUCUGCGGCCGCUCGUCACCCAGCAGAAUCUGUCCGCGCCGGCGCUCGCUGUGACGGCCGCGGCCUCGCUGCUGGAAGCUCUGGCUCUGCUGUUUGCCAUACGUAUGGCGUUCUAUCUGGACACCGUUCUGAGUUGCACUCGGGUGCUGAUGAGAGCCGUGUCUGGCUGGCUCGCGCGUCACUUUGUAGGAGCUCUCCUGGUGUCUCUGCCCGCUGUGGCAGUAUUCGCCCACGUCACCUGUGACAUGCAUCUCUCCAUCCAGUUUACCAUGUUCAUCUGCUGUGCCGUCAUCAUAGCUAUCGUUCAGUACUGCAACUUCUGCCAGCUGAGCCACUGGAUGCGCUCAACGCUCGCGACUCUGGUGGGACUGGCCCUGCUCGCCCUGCUCUUCGGCUCCCCCUGCAGUGUUGCAAAGAGUCGGCUUUUAUGGUCUUAUGGCCAGAGCAGCAACAGCAGUAGCAGCAACAGCAGCAGCAACAGCUCCUUUGUCCUGCCUGACCCAGUGUACCCUGACUCACAGCCCCACCUGGAGGAGAUCCUGGGACCUGAGGCCUGCGUGGCGUUUUUCCUCCUCCUCCUGCUGGUCUGGUUCCUUAACCGUGAGUUUGAGGUCAGUUACCGCUUGCAUUACCACGGUAACGUGGAAGCCGACCAACACCGCAUCAAGAUUCAGAACAUGAGGGACCAGGCCGACUGGCUGCUUCGCAACAUCAUUCCCAUCCACGUGGCGGAGCAGCUGAAGGUUACCCAGAGCUACUCGAAGAACCACGACAACGUGGGCGUGAUAUUCGCCAGCAUCGUCAACUUCAGCGAGUUCUACGAGGAGAGCUACGAGGGCGGCAAGGAGUGCUACCGCGUCCUCAACGAGCUGAUCGGCGACUUCGACGAGCUCCUGCGGAAGCCCGCCUUCGCGAACAUCGAAAAGAUCAAGACCAUCGGCGCCACCUACAUGGCGGCGGCGGGGCUCAACGCUCAGCAGUGCGCCGACGCGGCGCACCCCCACGCUCACCUCCGCGCCCUCUUCGAGUUCGCCCUGGAAAUGAUGCGCGUGGUGGACGACUUCAACAAGAACAUGCUCGGCUUCGGCUUCAAGCUUCGCAUCGGCUUCAACCACGGGCCUCUGACGGCGGGGGUGAUCGGCACCACCAAGCUCCUCUACGACAUCUGGGGCGACACGGUCAACAUCGCCAGCCGCAUGGACACGACGGGGGUGGAGUGUCGCGUCCAGGUCAGCGAAGAGAGCUACUGCGUGCUCAGCGGCAUGGACUACGAAUUCGAUUAUCGGGGCACGGUAAAUGUCAAAGGCAAAGGUCAGAUGAAGACCUUCCUUUACCCUAAAAGCAGCGACAGCGGCCCCGUGCCUCAGUACCAGCUCUCGGUCUCGCCGGAGAUCCGAGCGCAGGUGGACGGAAGCAUUGGGCGCUCGCCCACAGACGAAAUCGCCAGUAUGGUGCCCGCGACCAGCAUGACUGCGAGCGGCACCAACACCAUGGUACCCAGUGCCAGCACUGGUACCUCUACUACAACAGGGCUUAGCCACGCGAAAGAGGCAGAUAUCCGUGAAAGACGUCCUGCUGCAGAGACCCCUCUUGCCAGGCGUUCUACAUCACACAGUGGCCUGACAACCGCACCCAACCCGGAAGGACCUCUUCCUUCUCCAAAUAGCAAACAGCUCCCCAUCUCAUCCUUAGUUCAGCAAGACGCGCCGCGACGCUCGCCGAGCUCUCCGAAAGGCAUCAAGAAGGGCAGCCGCGAGGAUGAUUACGACAGCAAUACCGGGGAGUUGACCAAACUUUAAGAAUCUGCUGCAGCGGCGCUUUGUAUCAUUCAACCCCUCUACCCUUUAAGCUCUCGUUCCUGCCAGUCGGCAAGCGUAGAAUCAUUGUACCUUUUGAUCCUAUUCCGGGUGGAGACGGAGGAUGCGAAAGCAUCUCCUCGUCAGCCGGGAAGCAGGUCGUUUUUAAGAUAAAUACGAUUGGCUGGCGUUAUCAAAGGUGCUCGGUUAGACCAGAGGCAGGAACGCAUAGGAAGCAGUAGGUGUGAUAGCUGUGUCUGAACCUUCGAUUGCCUCCAAUAGAUCCCAUUUGCCUGCCAUUAACUUACUUGAUUAUCUUUACACCUUUAAUUCUUUCUUUCAUAUAUCUUUUAAGUGCCUUUAGAAUAGAUUACUAUAUCAAGUAAGCCUUUUUAGAAAGGGAAUAACAACAUAAAGGGAAAUUGUAAAUUAGAAAACUUUUCUGGAAAAAAAAAAGCUUUGCUUUUGUUACAAGUUUACUUUCUAAACUAUGUUUUACUAUGACGUUUCAUGCCUUUUAAUGAAGGGGAAAGGAAGCAAAG